AUGGGUUCGAGUCCGGCGGGGAGCGGUGGCGGUGGUGGUUCCGGUGGUAGUGUUGUCGGCGGGGGCGGCGGCGGUGCUGUGGGUGGUUGUACCAAUGGUACAAGCAAUAACAGCUGCUGCAACGUGAGCCUCAAGUGUAGGUGUAGAUGGAGGUGUUUAAUGUCCUCGGGGUUCGUUUUCUUCUUGGGCUGCUUCGUGUUGUUCGGAUCAGUGGCCACGCUCUACGUCUGGUUCGCUUUCACGCCCUAUUAUGCUCGUACGGCCUUGUCGUCUUCCUCCAUGCUUGGUUGUCAGGAGGACAAUGAAGGUUCCUGGUCUGUCGGUGUUUUCUUCGGUGACUCUCCUUUUUCCCUCAAACCCAUUGAAGCUAUGAAUGUAUGGAGGGACAAAACUGCGGCGUGGCCAGUAGCCAACCCAGUUGUGACUUGUGCUUCAGUUUCUGAUGCUGGUUUUCCAAGUAAUUUUGUUGCUGAUCCUUUCCUUUAUGUCCAGAGUAUUUGUCAUGUUUCUGAUAAAACCUUGAGGACUACAUGGUUUCAUGCUUAA